UAAAAAGUCGAAGAAGAAAAACAGAGAGGAAGACGAAAUGGAAGAGAAAAAAGAAAAAGGGGAGGAAGCCCCAAACUUUCCAGCAUUUCCGUACAAACCCUACGCCAUACAGAUCGAUUUCAUGAACGCCCUCUAUCAUUCUCUCAACAAAGGAGGUCUUUCCAUGCUCGAAAGCCCCACAGGGACUGGAAAAACUCUCAGUAUCAUUUGUAGUGCUUUGCAAUGGGUGGUUGAUAGGAGGCAACAACAGAAGACUGAAGAUAGGAUUGUAUCUGAUCGUAAUGGUGCAAAAGAUGGUCAAGUUGACCCAGAUGAUGAACCUGAUUGGAUGAGAAAUGCUGUCAUUAACAAAGACAAGCAGAGUGAGGAGAUGAAGACUAAAAUGAAGGAGAAGUUUGGGAUUGGAUUUCGAAGGGCCGAUAAGAGAAGGAACCAUGAAAAUUGUAGAGAUUUGUUCUCGCGGAGUGUUGAGGAGGAGCCUUGCACAAAGGAAGAGGGAAACAAUUUGCAAAUGAGCAAUGAUGCUGUGGAGUUGAGUGAUGAAGAUUUUUUGGUGGAAGAUUAUGAAAGCGAAGAGGAAGGGAAUCUGGGUGGUGGGAAGUCAAAGAGGAAGGUUGCUGGGGUUUCCCUUAGUUCAUCAAGCGAGGAAGAUGAAGAAGAUGGGUCUGGUGAUGAUGAAUAUGAGGAGGGCGAGAAGCUGCAGGUUUAUUUUUGUAGCCGAACACAUUCACAGCUUUCACAGUUCAUAAAGGAGUUAAAGAAGACUGUCUUUGCUAAUGAGAUGAAGGUGGUUUGUUUGGGCUCUAGGAGGAACUUCUGCAUCAACGAAGAUGUAUUGAAACUUGGAAACUCAACUCGCAUUAAUGAACGCUGUUUGGAACUUCAAAGAAACAAGAAUAAGGAAGUUUCCAAAAUCAAGAAUGUGGGUGCAGGAGGAAGGAUUCGCAGGAACAAGGCUUCUUGUGGCUGCCCAAUGCUUAGAAAACAUAAACUACAAAAGGAAUUCAAGAGUAUGAUGUCUCAACAAGGUGCCUUGGAUAUUGAAGAUCUUGUUCAUCUUGGAAAAAGCAUGAGGACUUGUCCAUAUUAUGGCUCCCGAAGCAUGGUUACUGUUGCUGAUCUGGUGGUUCUACCGUAUCAAUCUCUACUUUCAAAAGCAUCUCGCGAGUCACUUGGGCUCAAUUUAAAGAAUAAUAUCGUUAUUAUAGAUGAGGCUCACAAUCUAGCUGACUCCUUAAUCAGCAUGUAUGACUCAAGAAUCACUUUGUCGCAGCUGGAGGAUGUGCACAGCCACAUUGAGAAGUACUUUGAAAGAUUUUGCAAUGUAUUGGGACCUGGUAAUCGUAGAUAUAUCCAAACUCUCAUGGUACUCACUCGGGCUUUCCGCCAAGUGUUUCUCAAAGAUGAUAGAAGUUAUGGAGAUUCCUGCCGUGAUACUGAAAAGGCUUCUGGGGCAAGUGGGACGUCUACUUCCUCUAUGGCCAUUAAUGAUUUUUUAUUUUCCCUCAAUGUUGACAACAUCAACUUGGUCAAAUUGCUUCAGUAUAUAAAGGAAAGCAACAUCAUGCACAAGGUUAGUGGGUAUGGCGAUAAAGUAGCUAGCUUUCAAAAAAAAUUGGCACUUCAUGGCAGUGAAGACGGAAGUACUCUGUCCAGUUUCCAGGCUUUAGCAAAUUUGUUGCUAUCACUGACAAAUAAAGAUGGUGAUGGGAGGAUUAUCAUCUCAAGGACUUGUACAACAUGCUCUAGAGAGGAAGGACGAUAUAUAAAAUAUGUUAUGCUCACUGGGGAUAAGAUUUUUUCUGAGAUUGUAGAUCAAGCACAUUCCGUGGUACUGGCUGGGGGAACUCUGCAACCUAUAGAAGAAACAAGGGAGCGACUCUUCCCUUGGUUACCACCGGACCAGUUGCAAUUCUUUUCAUGUAGUCACAUUGUUCCCCCAGAGAGCAUUUUGCCAGUUGCAGUUUCCCGUGGCCCUUCUGGUCACACUUUUGAUUUUAGCUACAGCUCCAGAAGGUCAUCAAUCAUGAUACAGGAACUAGGGCAAUUGCUUUGUAAUCUGGUGACAGUGGUUCCUGAGGGAAUUGUUGUCUUCUUCUCCUCAUUUGAUUAUGAAGGGCAAGUUUAUGAUGCGUGGGAGGCUUCAGGCAUCCUUGAAAGGAUUAAGAAGAAGAAGCAUCUAUUUAGAGAGCCUAGAAAGAAUACAUAUGUAGAAUCUGUUCUCAAGGAAUACAAGGAAACAAUUGAUACAUUGUCUUCCGGGGAGCGGAAAGAAAAUCCUUCUCAAAGUGGUGCAAUGCUUCUUGCUGUCGUUGGUGGUAAGAUAUCAGAAGGCAUCAACUUAAGUGAUGGGAUGGGCCGGUGUAUAGUCAUGGUUGGACUGCCCUAUGCUAGCCCUUCUGAUAUUGAGUUAAUGGAGAGGGUGAAGUAUAUUGAAGGGUUGGGAGAUUCAGAUUCCACUAAGACACCAAAUCUUUCACUUGGUAAUGAACUGUGCAGUGGAGAAGUACAUGCAGGGUUUAACGUCCUCAGAAGUUGCAGACGCAGAGGAAAAGAAUAUUAUGAGAAUCUAUGCAUGAAAGCUGUUAAUCAGUCCAUUGGUAGAGCAAUCCGGCAUAUAAAUGACUAUGCAGCAAUUUUACUAGUCGACACACGGUACGCAUCUGAUUCCUCCAAACGGAAUUUUUGCCAUCCAACUAGCAAGCUUCCUCAGUGGAUAAAGGAUCGCUUCGUUGCUUCAACUGAUUAUGGUGAAGUUCAUAGAAUGUUGUAUCAGUUCUUCAAACAUAACAAGAAGAGAUGGUUGCAGCAAUAAGUUAUCUGGAGGAAGUAGCUGAGAUUGAGAAGAGAAGCAAGACUCUAUAUCUCAGUAAAUCUUAUAAAGCUAUAUAUUCACUUGAUUGCAUAAUGCAGGUAAAGCCAUGCAUUAGUUGUAUUUUCAUAUUCUUUUUAGUUCGGUGCGCUUCAGCAGCUAUAGGAGUAGUAGUGGUGCUGAAACAAAACAAAAGAAAACAAGCAAAUAGAAAUAUUAAAAAAGUAAAUGUUUGAUAGGAUUGUAAAGAAUGAUUGGA